AUGUCAAAUUCUAUUGAACAGAACCAAUUUUCUUGUGAUAUCGACCCUUCGGAUCCUACAAAGAUUCUUUGUUAUGUAAAGGGAAAAAUUUUUGUUUUUUCUAUUCCAAAUAUUGCAGAGUUCUCACAUUGCAAGAGACCACUUAAUGCCUUCAUGCAAUUUAGAUGUUGCGUCCAAAGCGCAAUAAAAGACCAAGGAUUGAAGGUUCCAGAGAUAUCCAAAAACGCAUCAAACUUAUGGAAAGUAGCACCCGCCACUAUUAAAGAUACUUUUGAAGAUUUAUGCGCAUCUGUUCGUGUAUCGUGGAAUAUUAUUCGAUUUGUGGAAGAAAAAAGAAUUAAGAAACAAAAAAUUGAUCCUAAUGAGAUUCCCGAUAAUUCAACUAAAAGUGACAGCAUUGAACCUAUUGAGAUUCCGGGUCAUUCAACUAAAAGCGACAACAUUGAACCUAUUGAGAUUCCGGGUCAUUCAACUAAAAAUGACAACAUUGUUAAUUUGAAUGAAGAUAGCAGAUGUUAUGACAUGUCUUCUGAAUUAGCACAUUCAAAUUCAAGCGAUGGCUCGUCUAUUCAUGGUCCAGCGUCUUUGUCUGAACCCAUGCCUAAUUCUAUGCUAUCUGAUGAUCAAUAUUCUGCGAUAAAAACUUUGAGUUUCCCUUUAUAUUCCAUGAGCCUGUUUCCUGAUACUUCUCUUCAAUUAUCUUCAAAUUUAUAUAAUUCAAACGGAGGCUCAUUUAUUCUUGGUUCUGAACCUACGGUUAAUUAUAAUGUUCCUGAUGAUCAAUAUCCUGCAAUAAACACACAGAGAUUUUAUUCAUCUCCUCCCAUAGAUUCGACACCGUUUGCUUCUACACCGCAGCAACCUUCGAAUAAUCACUUUGCUAACGAAACCACUCAUGCAAAGUUGCCUUUCAAGCCUGAUCGACGACAGGAUAAAAAAAAGGAGGAAACAGAUUACGUGCAUAGACUAACUAAGGCUCCGUCUUCCUUA